GCGUGUGUUUGUCUACACCCGUAAUCAUGUAAACGAUUCAACGCAAAUGACUGGCAAAAAAAAAAAAGAAAACCUCUAUCACGAUAAACAUUUUUGAUGAAAACAAAAAAUCCAGCAAAAAAUGCCAUUAUUUUUUCAAAUCAUAAACCGCCAAUCUAUCGAUAUGUUUUAAAUGUUUCUUUAAAUACACUUGCCGAAUCGCUAGGCAACCAGUUGGUUGGAGCCAAUAAACAAUCCAACCCCAAGUUGCCACGCGAAUUGUUUGCCCAGCUGGUAAACAUUUUGAAUAAACAAACCGAACAAACGGCAAAUCGAAAACAAACACUAGCUUGAAUCCUUUUUGAUCCUUUUGAUUUCUAACUGAAAUCAUGUAUUCAUUGCAACACCCACAAAUUGAUGAAAGCUUCUUGAGUUCCGAGUCUGCAGUGGAGGAAGUUGUCAAAAUACUUGAAAGUCUUCAAAAGAAGAAAGAAGGUGAAGAAGAGGAGGAAGAACUAGUUGAAAAGAAGUUUAUUCCAAAGGUUAUAACUGAAGAUAACUUCAUAAUUACCGAGCGUUCCAAUGGAACGAAUCAUUCGGCGCCAAAGGAACCCUUACAGAAGGAUAAAUCAAAGCGUCCCACCUUCACUCCAGCGGAUAGACAAAAGGAUAGAUAUCCUUUCAUGCGACAGGUGGAAAUGAAUCUCGAGGAACGCUCCAAGGCCCGCUUGGAAAGGGAGCGAGUGGCUCAGAACUUUCGCAGAUUGGGAAACGCCGAGUAUCGUCGCGGAAAUUAUGAAACUGCUAAGCAGAUGUACUCUGAAGCCAUUGAAAAUAUCCGGGAUAGUCAUAUCCUUUAUAUAAAUAGAGCUCUCUGUUAUAUCAAAUUGGGUAAAUUCAAGCGAGGCAUCGUGGAUUGCGAUUUCGUUCUAAACAAGCUGGAUGAGAAGAAUCUAAGAGCUUGGCUGUAUCGAGCCAUGGCCUACAAAGGCCUAAACGACGAGGCCAACUUUGAGACCUGCGUGAAAUAUGCCCGAAAAUUUAAUUCCAAGCAGAUGGAGUUUAUUGAUGAGUUCCUGGAAAAGCUGAAUUCAGAAAUGUGACUUUGAAAUAAAAGUAUUGAAGGUG